AUGCGCGAGAUCGUUUCCAUCCAGGGUGGCCAGUGCGGCAACCAGAUCGGCGCCAAGUUCUGGGAGGUUGUCUCGGACGAGCACGGCAUCGACCCGACCGGCACCUACCACGGCGACUCGGACCUCCAGCUCGAGCGCAUCAACGUCUACUACAACGAGGCGACGGGCGGCCGGUACGUCCCGCGCGCCGUGCUCAUGGACCUCGAGCCGGGCACCAUGGACUCGGUGCGGUCGGGCCCCUUUGGCCAGAUCUUCCGGCCGGACAACUUCGUCUUUGGCCAGUCGGGCGCCGGCAACAACUGGGCCAAGGGUCACUACACCGAGGGCGCCGAGCUGAUUGACGCCGUGCUCGACGUCGUCCGCAAGGAGGCCGAGGGCUGCGACUGCCUGCAGGGCUUCACGCUGUCGCACUCGCUGGGUGGCGGCACCGGCUCGGGCAUGGGCACCCUCCUCAUCUCCAAGAUCCGCGAGGAGUACCCCGACCGCGUCAUGUGCUCCUACUCGGUCUUCCCGUCGCCCAAGGUGUCCGACACGGUCGUCGAGCCGUACAACUGCGUCCUCUCCAUCCACCAGCUGGUCGAGAACUCGGACGAGUCGCUGCUGAUUGACAACGAGGCGCUGUACGACAUCUGCUUCCGCACGCUCAAGCUCACCACGCCCACCUUUGGCGACCUCAACCACCUUGUCGCCGCCGUCAUGUCGGCGUCGACUUGCUGCCUCCGCUUCCCCGGCCAGCUCAACUGCGACCUGCGCAAGCUGGCCGUCAACAUGAUCCCCUUCCCGCGGCUGCACUUCUUCAUGGUCGGCUUCGCGCCGCUCACCUCGCGUGGCUCGCAGCAGUACCGCUCGCUCACCGUGCCCGAGCUGACGCAGCAGAUGUUCGACGCCAAGAACAUGAUGGCGGCCGCCGACCCGCGCCACGGCCGCUACCUCACGUGUACCGCGCUCUUCCGCGGCCGCAUGUCGACCAAGGAGGUGGACGAGCAGAUGCUGAACGUGCAGAACAAGAACUCGUCCUACUUUGUGGAGUGGAUCCCCAACAACAUGAAGUGCGCCAUCUGCGACAUCCCGCCCAAGGGCCUCAAGAUGUCGGUCGGCUUCAUGGGCAACUCGACCUGCAUGCAGGAGGUGAUGAAGCGCGUCGCCGAGCAGUUCACCGCCAUGUUCCGCCGCAAGGCCUUCCUCCACUGGUACACCGGCGAGGGCAUGGACGAGAUGGAGUUCACCGAGGCCGAGUCCAACAUGAACGACCUCGUCUCCGAGUACCAGCAGUAUCAGGACGCCUCGGCCGAGGAGGAGGGCGAGUACGACGAGGAGGGCGGCGAGGAGUACUAGGCGCGCGCCGGCGCUGCGCUGCCGCGUGGCCCGCACUAGCCGCCGGGCCGGCGCGGUGGAAGCGCCGCCGCUCGCCGCGCACGGAGCCGCAUGCUAGCGAGGCAUAGGAGCUUGCGCGGCAUGCUUUGCGCAGGGACGGACCUCGCACACGCAGAUUUCGUGCGUCGUGCCUGUGUGGACAGCUAUUUUGAGUUUGGGAUGCGUUGGGUUGCGGUCUAGUCGGGGGUUGCGGUCUUGUAGGUCUGCCCCGUUAUACGUUCGGCCGUUGUGUCAUAUACAGGCGUGGCGGCUGG